AAAAGUAUCUAGGUGGGAACAUUAGCAGAUGAAAAAUGCCAAAUUGAAAGCAGUAACUCGGCAAUAAUCAAGAAUAUUACAGGAAGCCAAAAACUAGAAAGUGGGAACAUCAAGCCAACUUUUUUUUUUUAAAUUCUGUAAAUUCGCCAAAAAAAGAAAAUCAAGAUGCUUUUCCGGUUUUCCCGAUUGCUCUUCUGGGAUCUUCUGUAUGUUUUCGUAGAGAGGGAGAGAGAGAGAGAGAGACAGACUGUGAAAGAAAAAAAAAGGAGUGAUCGAUCUAGAUAUAAAAACUGUGAGGAGAUCUGAAAUUCAGGGUUUGUUUUGGGUUGCUCGGGUUUUGGUAUGUAGAGAGAGAGAGAGAGAGAGAGACUGUGAAAGGAAAAAAAGAGUGAUCGAUCUAGAUUUAGAAACUGUGAAAGGAGAGGAGAAGACGGAUUUGAGUGUAGGUUUGUUUUGGCUUGCUCGGGGAAAUUUGAAGUUUAGUGGUCCUGUUGGAGGGUGGUGUGGAACGAGAAGAGGUAAUUGUUUAUGACGAUUGAUUGUUAUAAAUGAAAUUGUUCUUUUUUCUGAUGUUGGCUUCGAAUGGUUGAUUGCUGAUUGUCUAUUUUUUUUUUUUAAUAAUUGCUGCUCUUUGUUUUUUUUUAAAUUGAAGUUGGAAUGAAUUAGGUUUGGAUUGCUUCUGUUUUCUUUUAUCUUGGUAAGUUGGAAUGUGGUUAAAGUUAUGAAUUUGGUUUCAAAGAGAUAAGAAGAACAUAGUAGGACAAGGUGGAUGAGAUUAUCAUAUAUACCUGAGGCUUAUUAGUUAUUCACAAGGAGGUAGAAAUGUUAUGGAAUCUGGAUGCUAAGUCAAGGAAUGAUAUUCUUUGUAUGAAAUAUAUCAUCUUGGUUCGAGUUGUCAUGUUCUUUUUCUUUUUCUCUUGGACCUCUGAUCUUAUAGUCUGUAGUAUUUAAAAGAGCUGAUAUUUCUACGAGUUUAGUAUUUGUCCUAUCAGUUUUCCUAGGAGUGGCAGAAUUGAGAUUAUACAAUAAUUUGUUUGUUUCUCUCUUGAUUCUGAAGAAGUUUUGUUUCUAUAUAUCUGAACCAUUUUGUUUACCACUGGAAAACAUAUUUGGCAAUUUGCAAGGUUUACUUUCAGUAUCACAACAUAUUCACUUUUGGUGUGCAAACAGUUAUCUAUAUUGUAAGUUUGGGCUGAUUAUGAAGAUAUCAGGAACAGUGUGCGAUCCAAAAUUUGAAAGUGCUUUCAACUUGGAGAUGGAAGAUAAAAGAGGAAUAGAGGAAAGGGGAAGAUCUCGGCGAUAAUAGACCGGCUGGAAGUUAUUUGUGAGAAUUGGAUAUGUGGUUUUGUUCUUGAUUGUUUCGAAUCAUUUUGUGUGUUUUUUUUUUUUUUUUUUGGGUUUUUUCUUCUCAAAAUCGGUGAUCAAAAUCAACUGCAGUGAACAGUGGGUAAGAGUUUAGCUUUCUAGAAUCAAGAUCAACAUCAUACUUCUUCACUUUGUGUUCACAUAUCCAAAGUUAUUGCGUUUGAUUUUGACCAUAUGUUAUCUUUCUGAAAAUGAUUGAUCUGAAAUUCGUUUUUUGUUGUUCGCAGUCUCUUUCAAAGUGCAAACACUGAGGUCAAAAGAGGGGACGGCAAAUCAAUUGGAUAAUUAUGUCGGGGGUAUUGUUCGUGCUUCAGUUUGGGAUUUGAGUGAUUGAGUGGAGGAGGUUCAAGGUAGGUUUGAUGGGCGAGGCACGGUCACUCCAAAGGGAUCUUAAUUGAAUUACUGACACUGCAAAUACUUACUCCAAAGGGUUUGAGCUAUAUUUUGACAGGUGAACUAUCAGUUAUCCUCUUCCCAUUUGAUUUUGAUUUGUUUUCUUUUAUAUGCAGUAUACUUUUUUCUUUUUUUGUCUGGAUUUGUUUGAGAAAAGGCACACAGAUAGAGAGAGACUGUGAAAGGAGAGGUAUUGUUGGAGUUUGGGUAGAUUAGAGAGAAGAAGAGGGAUCUGAGUUUGGGUUGCUCGGUGGAAUUUGAAGUUUAGUGAUCCUGUUGAAAGGGGGUGUGCAAGGAGAAGAGAUUGCUCAGAAGUCAUUGGUAGAAGACUCAUCGAAGCGGCCAAAAUAAGAGCUGAAUGUUACACUGGAGGAGUAAACCAUGACUUAAGUGUGGCAAUAGCCCUUAUCCGAUGACAAAUUUUGCAUCACCUGAAGCUUUAAAACAACGGAUUAUUAUCUCAACCGAGCCACCAAAAGUUGGUUUGGAAGAGGCUCUAGAGGUUCACACAGAGGAACAUUCUAAGGAUUUACCCCAAGGAAACAUGUUGGAUGGAUGCAUGGAGCUCAAAUGGUUGUGUCUAAUAUGCAGGGAUGUGACAAAUAACGAUGGUUGAUGCAUGGGAUGUUUACAGCCAAUGAGAAUGCGGUUACUUGAAAAAGCCUGCCUUUUUUAUGCACAAGGGCUCAAAUGAGGUAGCCAAUUUUUAGAGGAAGAAAGGUGGUUCUAUCCAGCAUGUCCCACCUGCUCCAAACAAAUGAGAAAGUAACCACAAAGCCAACCUCUUAACAUGCAGCAGGCUGUUUAUAGUAAUAUAAAAGAGAGAUGGGAGUAGAGUAAGUUCCGAAAAGCAGCUCAACUGAAAUUUCAGAGGAGCUAUCAUCUAUUGCAAAUACGGAUCUGACUUUCGUCACUACAAGCCUAAACCAUUUGUUGUCAAGGCUGACCAUGUUUGCUAUAUGUACAUAAACACCUACUAUCGGUAGCAUAUCUAACUUUGAAAUCUAGCCAACUUACCAGAUUUUUGAACAUGUAAAACAAUAUAUAAUAUAUAAUGUAGCAAUCUUAUAUAGACAAUGUUUCUAAAUUCAGUAGCAUUGAAUCAAAUGAUAUCUCACAUAUUCCCGCAGCAUCGCGCGGGCACACUUGCUAGUACAUCUAAAGCUGGGUUUACUGUUACACUGUUCAUCUGGGAAUUUUUUUCCAUCUCGAUCUGCCACUGAGCUGGAUAUAUCGUAUCCUGCUGCCGUUGAUUUUUCCUCCUCCUCCUACCGUUCUGCAACCAACCAUCUUCAUCAGUUAUCAAGAAAGAUCGAGAGAGAGAGAGAGAGAGAGAUCGGUUGUCGUCGCCGCGUGAAUCCGGGGUGUUCCGAGUUUGGGAUUCGAGUGGUUGAUUUGAAGCUGGACAAUUUAUUUACAGGGCAUACAUAGAAUCUAUACAAAUCUUGCGAGUUGCGACGCAAACAGCUUUAUUUCCCAACAAUCUGCUGCAGAAAAGUUCUCCAGGUUUGGGUUUGUUUCGGAAAAGCUUGCUGCUAGAAUUUUGAUCGACUUUGGGAGAAACCUUUCAAUUGAAGCCGCUUAACCUCAAAAUGGAAGAGAGAUUGCAGUAGUCAUAUAUUUCCUCGCUGACUGGAAAGUAAAAAUCAUCUCUUUGCAUGGAUUUUCAAGCACUCAAAUCUUUCAAAGGAGUGAAUUCUUGACUGGAUAUUGAGCAACGCGCGGGCACGUUUUCUAGUAUCUACUACUAGCCACACAAAUCUAGUAUUCUCGAUCAGCAGCAAUGGCAGUUCCAAAGCUGAAGCUUAUGAUCAGCCAUGUAUUCAUUCAAGCCCUCAUGACUUCAAUCCAAGCUGCCCCAUCAAACUCGGAUAUAUUCAGAGAAUACAUAGGAGCUGAAUUCAAGAACGUCAAGUUUUCCGAUGUCCCCAUUAACCCAAAUGUUGAGUUCCACUUCCUUCUCUCCUUUGCCAUCGACUAUGACACUUCAGGUUCUUCACCCACCAAUGGAAAAUUCAACGUCUUUUGGGACACGGACAACCUCGGCGCCUCUCAAGUUUCGGACAUCAAGAAUGCACAUUCAAAUGUGAAAGUUGGCCUAAGCUUAGGAGGGGACAGUGUCAAUAGUGCCUCUGCUUACUUCAACCCUUCCUCAGUUGAUUCAUGGGUUUCUAAUGCUGUUUCUUCACUCACAAGUAUCAUCCAGCAGUACAAUCUAGAUGGGCUUGACAUUGAUUAUGAGCACUUUAAAUCUGAUCCCAACACCUUUUCUGAGUGCAUUGGAAGGCUUAUAAAAACCCUCAAGGACAAUGGUGUGAUCAAGUUUGCUUCCAUUGCUCCUUUUGCCGACAAUGACGUUCAGAGCCACUACUUGGCCUUGUGGAAGAACUAUGGUCAGUUGAUAGACUAUGUGAACUUCCAGUUCUAUGCAUAUGAUCAGGGCACCACUGUGUCUCAGUUCAUCAAUUAUUUCAAGAAGCAAAGCUCAAAUUACAAUGGUGGGAAGGUCUUAGUGAGCUUUAGCACUGAUGGGAGUGGUGGAUUGUCCCCUGAAAAUGGGUUCUUCACUGCCUGCCAUAGGCUCAAGAGUGAACAAAACCUUCAUGGUAUCUUUGUUUGGUCUGCUGAUGAUUCCAAGAAAAAUGGUUUCCGCUAUGAAAAGCAAUCCCAAGCUCUUUUGGCAAUUCCACACUAGCAUUGUGCACACAGAGUCACACUACCCCUGCUGCUAUGUAGAUGAUUAAGAUUCAGGACCUGGAAUUGAGACCUUCCAGGGUAUUAUAUUAGUACCAUGCAUGUACUUUUAUCCAGUAGUUAAACAUAUUUCGGAGCAUCUUCUAUACAUGUGUGCUAAAUGUAUAUGAAUACUAUGUUAUGUUUAACUAUAGGCAUGCACUUUAAGCACU